CCUUAGUGGAUGAAGUGCAUCAGCAACUUAAUACUUGAUAAUCGUGUCACUACAUCUUAAUGUAUUCUAGUUCAAUGUUGCUUAAUGUAUAUUUGGUGUUAAUGCAAACUGGUGAUGCACAACUAGAAAUGAGAGGAAGGUGUAGUGUCGGUCAAAAGGUUCUUGCUUCACUUAUCAUAAGAUUGGCAGUAGCGGAAACCUUUUGCCUUAAUUGCGGAAUACUUGCACUGGAUGAACCAACCACAAACUUGGAUGGCCCCAACUCCGAGUCUUGCAGCAGCUUUACUUAUGGGUCCAACCUAUGGUUACAGGGGAAAGGUGUUGCUUGCUUUUGAGGAUAAUGACUCUUCCAAAAUUGGUGUUAGAUUUGAUAGGACUUUUCAUUUAUAUCGAAUUGCAUUUUGGAUUGUUUAGUUAUUGAAAUGUUGAAUUCAUAUAUCAAAAGAAUAUGAUAUGAUUGUAUUUGUACAGUAAGUGCCUUUAUAUAGUAAUUUUGGGGCAUAAAAUUUUUAA